AUGUCGGGUCCUCUGUCAGCCUCCGCCAGCGACGCGGCUAGGCCGCGGCUCACUAACAAGAUCCUGUUCGUAAUUGCCGCAAUGAACCUCAUUGACUGUAUCAAUGUGAAUAUCAUGACCCCAUAUGCUGUGGAGAUGGUGUCGACCUUCCUCAACAAAAGCCCAGACAGCUCUGAUGUGCACACCACAGUCUCCCUGCUCAUUGGACUUUACUCACUCUUUGAGGUGAUCUUCAGCCCUUUCUGGGGCAUGGUGGCUGAUAGAGUGGGUCGAAGGCCAUGCUUAUUGAUCGGCCUUGCGGGCUCUGCACUUGCACCGAUUCUCCUCGGCCUGGGGAAAUCCUUGCCAGUGAUCUUCGCGGUGCGCGCUUUAGACGGAUUCUUCUGCGGGAACUUGGGCGUCACACGGACCUACCUUGGUGAGGUAGUCGACAAGACGAAUGAGGCCCGGGGGUUCAGUAUUCUUGCGCUCUGCUUUGCCAUGGGCCUGAUUGUCGGGCCUUUGCUGGGUGGGCAGCUGGUUUUUCCUGCGCGGACGGCCCCCAGCUUGUUCAAGGGCACAUUGUUCGAUGAGUAUCCAUUUCUGCUCCCAAAUCUUACGUAUGCCAUUUUCGCCGCGAUUGCCUGGAUUAUCGGAUUUUUCUGCAUGGAGGAGACGCUGCCCAGGAGCAAGCGCUGCGUUCGAACCGCAAGUGCAAGGCAUGGCAUGCAGCUGGCGCUGUCAGAGGCCGUGGACGCUGCGGAUGGAGGCGACUCUGCAGAUGCAGGCAGGACGCGGAGCAAGUGCUAUCCCAUGACCACAAUCCAAGUCAUUGUGACAUACUGUGGUCUUGCUGGCACCGCAGUGGCACAGAACAGUUUAGUCAUUUUGCUCUUGCCUGACCCCCGCUCCUUGGAUGGAUUCGACAUGGGCCCACAGCAGAUUUCCAUCAUCCUUAACAUCGGAGCGCUGGGGGUGAUCCUAUGUCAGCUGAUGCUUUAUCCCAGGCUGACCAAGCAGAUGGGCUUUCUCAACACCUUCGUCCUCGGCUUUUUGCUGAACAGCCUCGCCUAUGGACUUUACCCAGUGUACGGCCUCUUCGCAGAUCCAGUGAAAUAUGGCCUUUGGAGAUAUGUUGUCCUGGGCCUUGGUCAGUUUGUCUACAUGGUCGGAACCUUCUUGAUGUUCCCCACUGCCUUUGCCUUCAUCAACCGAGCUUCAGAAGGCCUGAACCGUGGAACCGUCAACGGCUUUGCAAACGCCGCCGGCGCGCUUAGCAGAGCAAUUGCUCCCUCAUUCGCCUCACAUCUUCUGGAUGGCUGCACAGGAUGGGGUUGGUUUGGGCGCUACAUUCCCUUCUACAUCAUAACCCUGGUUUGUGGCCUCUUCUUUACAGUCUCCUGGAGCGGACUCCGCAAAAUUGACCAGGCCACUACACUGCCGGCGUCUGCCGGUGGUGAGGAGGGUAGUUCUGCUUGA